CUGCCAUUAAAUAAGUCAAAGAAGAAGAAGAGCCGAAGUGCGCUCGUGCACGUCUGUGUUUUCAUGUUACGUUAAUCGGCAUCUCGUAUAUUAAAAGCAGAAAUCGUCUUCCACUUACGCCUGGACAGAGCUGAGCCGAGCAAAGAUAGCGCUCACUGUUCGGAUUUAGUCGGCUAAGAGGUUAGUGAGCUAGCUCGUUGGCUUUAGGUGGUUCUAAGCCUGAGGAGCAUGAUGUAAGAACAGCCUUGGCGAGGAACGAGCCCAUCCACGGUAAGUGGCGACGCGGCUAACAGCACCGCUGCUAACGGGGGAGCUAACGCUGAGGGGUUGAACGGGGCUCCGGUGCCGGACGGCGUGAGGUCAAACGGAUUCUUUAUUCAUUUUUGCCAUGUCUCUGGUUUUCCCACGACCCAGUACCAAGGCAGUCCACGGAAAGAAAGAUAAAAGACUAAUGGCAGAGGUGAAUGCGUCGCCCCUCAAGCACUUUGUCACAGCAAAGAAGAAGAUAAAUGGGAUCUUUGAGCAACUGGGAGCCUACAUCAAAGAGAGCACUUCCUUUCUCGAAGAUGCUCACAGAAAUGAUGAGUUGGAUCCCGUCACCACAGAGGAGCAGGUCCAGGAGGUGCGGGGUUACCUCACCAAAGUAGGGGGUAUCACGGAGGUGUUAGCCAGAAGACAUAUGAAGGUGGUCUUUUUUGGAAGGACAAGUAAUGGGAAGAGCUCUGUAAUUAAUGCGAUGCUGUGUGACAAGGUGUUGCCAUCUGGCAUAGGACACACCACUAACUGUUUUCUAAGAGUGGAGGGCACCGAUGGCAACGAGGCCUUUCUGCUCACUGAAGGCUCGGAGGAGAAAAAGAGCAUACAGACGGUGAACCACCUGGCCCAUGCUCUCCACCAGGAUGAGGAUCUGGAUGCUGGCAGCUUGGUCUGUGUCAUGUGGCCUAAAGCAAAGUGUGCCCUUCUCAGGGAUGAUCUGGUGCUGGUAGACAGCCCAGGUAUUGAUGUCACCACAGAGCUGGACAGCUGGAUCGACAAGUUCUGCCUCGAUGCUGAUGUCUUUGUUCUGGUGGCAAACUCUGAGUCUACGCUGAUGCAGACGGAGAAAUCUUUUUUUCACAAAGUCAAUGAGCGACUCUCCAGUCCCAACAUUUUCAUCCUCAACAACCGCUGGGAUGCGUCAGCCUCCGAACCUGAAUACAUGGACGAAGUCCGCAGGCAGCACAUGGACCGCUGCACCAAUUUUCUGGUGGACGAGCUGGGUGUAGUGGAUCGGACACAAGCCAGUGAUCGCAUUUUCUUUGUGUCCGCCAAGGAAGUGCUCCAGGCUCGAGUGCAGAAGGCUCAAGGAAUGCCUGAAGCAGGUGGAGCUCUUGCAGAAGGAUUCCAAGCCAGAAUGUUUGAGUUUCAAAACUUUGAGAGGCGUUUUGAGGAGUGUAUUUCACAGUCAGCUGUAAAGACCAAGUUUGAGCAGCACACGGUCAGGGCCAAACGGAUCUCUGAAGCCCUGCGCUUUAUCAUGGAUGCUGUCCACAUCGCCGCACAAGAGCAGAGGGUCUACUGUCUGGAGACUAAAGAAGACCGUCAGGACCGAUUGGAGUUCAUAGACAAGCAGCUGGACCUCUUGACUAUGGACUGUAAGGCCAAGAUCAAGAAGAUUACUGAGGAGGUGGAGAGACAGGUAUCUAAUGCCAUGGCUGAGGAAAUCAGGAAGCUGAAUGUGCUGGUAGAUGACUUCUGCAUGGAUUUCCAUCCGUCACCAGUGGUUCUGAAGGUUUACAAGAGUGAGCUUCACCGCCACAUAGAGGAGGGCCUGGGAAAGAACAUGUCAGAGAGAUGCUCUAUUUCUAUCACCAGUGCUCUUCAGGACACACAGACCGACAUGAUCGAGGGCCUCAAACCUCUGCUGCCCAGCCCCACCAGGGAGCAGGUAGACAAGCUGGUCCCUCGCCAGUGCUUCAACCUCUGCUAUGACCUGGCGUGUGACAAGCUGUGCAGCGACUUUCAGGAGGACAUCAGCUUCCACUUCUCUCUGGGUUGGACCAUGCUGGUCAACCGCUUCCUGGGGCCUAAGAACACGCGCCGGGCUCUGAUGGGCUACAGUGACCAGGUCCCCCGGCCCAUGGCCCUCACUCCAGUCAGUACCAGUAUGCCUCCAUUUCCACAAGGUGCCAUGACCCAGGAGGAGCUGAUGGUCUCCAUGGUGACGGGUCUGGCCUCCCUGACCUCCCGUACUUCCAUGGGCGUCCUUGUUGUUGGUGGCGUGAUCUGGAAGGCCGUGGGCUGGCGUCUCAUUGCCCUGUCAGUGGGCCUGUAUGGUCUGCUCUACAUCUAUGAGCGACUCACGUGGACCACCAGGGCCAAAGAGAGAACGUUCAAGAGGCAGUUUGUGGACUAUGCCAGUGAGAAGCUGCAGCUUAUUGUCAGCUACACUGGUUCCAACUGCAGCCACCAAGUCCAGCAGGAGUUGGCAGGCAUGUUUGCUCAGCUGUGCCAGCAGGUCGACGUCACCCGUCAGAACCUGGAGGAUGAGAUCACCGACAUGAACACAAAGAUUGAGCUCCUGGACAGCCUGCAGAGCAAGGCUAAGCUGCUGCGGAACAAGGCGGGUUGGCUGGACAGUGAGCUCAACAUGUUCACACAGCAGUACCUCCAGCACAGCAAGUAAACCUAAAGGAGCGUGUUGUUCCCCUGCUCUCUCUCGAACCCUCCACGCACUAAAUGACAGCAGCUGAUGUUCUACGAGAGGAGCAGCUACCAAGUUGUCACCCAGAUGUGCUGCUAGUAAAAAGGUUGAAUCCACAGGUUCUGUGAUGUUUGCAGGUGUUAGCUGAUCAGAUUUAGAUCUGACUCCUGAACAGAUCGAUUCCAGGCAACGCUGAACACUACGUUUCUAUUUGUAUAUCUGGGCAUAGGACACAUGCCAUGUAAAGGUAAAAAGCAGCCUUAAUGAAGGACUUCUGUUAAUGUGGAAACAUGCAGAACUUAAAUUAUUAGAACUGAUGGGGGUUUGUAAAAUGCUUUAAACAUUAAAUGCAUUCAUUUAGACAUUAACCCUUAGUAGCUGUUAUCACCAUGUGUCUACAUUUACCUGCUGAUUUCCAUCCGGGUGAGCGGCUCAUCUUGACUGAGCCGCCACCAACCAAAUCUGGUGAGCUGAGUAGAAAAGCUUUCAGUCUCUAAUCUAAUUUUUUUGCAGCAUAAAAACAUGUAAUCAGUAGAACAAAGGUUGUAUGGAGCUGUAUAUUCCUGUCAUUGUUGGGUCAUAGUCCCAGUUGUCUGACGUAGCCUGAUGGACUCAGACUGGCAGCCUGUUAUCUGCUGUGGCUGUCUGUGGGAAGUGGACGGAACCUGCUGUAGGUGGAAGUGUAAGAAUCCAAAGCUCGACUUGAUGACGUACUGCAGAUGUGACAUCAGAGUCAGUUUAAAUCCAUUCAUCAUUGUUCUAGGAGAAUCAGCUUCAUCUGGUGAUUACACAGGUAAACUCAGAAUUGUGACUUCCCAUUAGGCUUUGAAAUGUUUGCGCUGCUAGUUGUCUGCUGUUAUCACUGCACGUGUGCCUGCACCCCCCCCCCCCCCCCCCCCCCCCCCCCCCUUCUGUCACUGUUAUAGGACAUAACUUUCUCCCUGCCUUCAGUAAAGCAUCCCACCUCACAUUAUUAUGAUUAUUAUUCCUUCAGGGAAAUUACCAUAUUACACGCAACUCACAUUGUGCCAAUAGUGGGAACUGUACAUCAUUAUGAGUUAUUUCUGUGUUUGGCCACUGACUGCAUUACACUGAAACCUGACUCACAGCUGAGCAAACCGGGAUGACAGAGGAAACCAAGAUACACAUGGACGUCAUUAUGUCAGUAUAAGAACUGACAAAAAAGGACCUUUUAUUUGGUUUCCAUAAUUUGUCUAAAUGUAACUUAACAGUUCCUCCACAUUGGAUAUAAUUAUUAAUUGUGACUUUUGAGUUGAAGUCUCAUUGGCUCAGAUGUGUCCAGGUUUGGUUCUUAGCCUGCGGUUCAUCUGGUUCCUGGCAGGUGAAAAUCCUCCCAGUGAAGAAAUGCACUUUACUGUUUGCUUCCUGUCAUUUUUCAUUAAUAAACUUUUCUUUUUAAAGUCACUUCAGUGUUUGAAGUGAUGCUCUCUGUUGUCCUGGUAAAAUGUUUAAAAAUGUCUGUGUGAAAUAUUAAAGGUGGAACGAUGUUAAAAGCA